AUGAACAUUCUAGAAGCACAAAGAGAAGCUGCAGCCGCAGGAGCAGAGGCACGUAUCUUAGAAUACGACGACAGUCAAGUGUUAUGCGACCUUCAUAACGAGACUGAAGACCCGCUCCAUUGUGUGCAAGACUUUGUUAAUAAACAUCCUAAACCAACUGCCAUACAGGAAGUGACAGCCCCUCAACAGAAAAAACAAACUCCUGUUAAGAUUGAGCUAAGUCAUGAAGCGCCAGACUUCGUGCCCUCCGUGGCAUUGAACCUGCCAUCACAGACACCUACGGUCUUGCCUACACAUGCUAAGUCACCGGAAGUUAAUGUAUUCCCAGAUCUGGGAACAAUAACUGGCAUAGAAAAACAGGGCGUUUCAGAAAAGAUCCCUGUUGCAUACCAAAAACUAGGCGUUUCAGAGGAGAUCCUUGCUGAAAACCAAAAACAGGACAUAAAUGCAUGUGCAUCUGGUCCAUGUGUCAACGGAGGUAGCUGUACAGAUGAAAUGAUUGGAUAUACAUGUACAUGUACAACCGGAUAUAUUGGAAGUAAUUGUCAAUACGGUUAUGUAGGAUAUUUCGGAAAAAAAGAAGGUUAUGGUAUAAAUGGUGGUGGAGCAUCUAUACAAAAACCAAGUUAUAAUGAACGGCCACUGAAGGAAAAUGAAAACCAUAAACUUUCAACUACUGUGAUCACAUUGAAUUCAACCACGACUUACUCUCCAGAAAUAUCUUCAGAGAUGACACUGAAGGUCGUGAGAAGAAAUGACAGCAAGGAGAAACAUUCUUCUUCAUUGUUUUCUCAACAAAUGAAUAAAAGCAUAAACGUGAACACGACAUUUGCAAGAAAAGGUUUCUCAGGAUCAAACCCAUUUUAUAGCACUGAUGACGAAGCAGAUAUAUCGAAUAACAUAUAUAAACAAGAAUUUCAAAAACAAAACACAGAAAAUAAGCUUUCUUCUUUUGAUAUGAUUGAGCCAGUGAACAAGACAUCGCAAGAUACAGUGGACGUACAAAGAGGAAAUGAAGGCACAAAGAGCAAAUCUUUUUCACUGUUUUCUCCCAAUGUAAAAGACACUCUGACAAUGAACACGAUGUCGCCAACUGCAGUGUACUCCGGAUCAAAAGAGUUAUACAGCACCGGAGAUGAAGAAUUCUCAGGUGAUAUUGUGUACUCCGGAUCAAAAGAGUUAUACAGCACCGAAAAUGAAAAAUUCUCAGGUGAUAUUGAAUCCUCAGGAUUAAAAAGGUUGAAUAUUACUGUCAAAGAAGAUUAUUUUGAGGAUAUGAACAUGUUUGACACAACAUCUGGGGUUUCUAUGAGUGUUGCUGCAUGUUCAGAAGCAGCAGAUACAUGUCAUGUCAACGCCAAGUAUGUCUACUUUGACAAAGCCGCCUAUUGCGAAUGCAUAGCACCGUUCUACGGGAAUGGAAUUCGAUGUUUGAAAACAGGGAAAAGACUAAUACUGAGAGGUAAAGUUAAUGGUGUAUUGAACAACAAAUUCAUAGAGAAUGUGGACUUACUUUCCUAUGUAUAUACAACCAAUGGACGAAUAGAAACACAUAUGAGGAGUACACAAAACACUGUGAAAACAAUGAUGAAAAUAUUGCAGCCGAUCGGUGACAUCAUUGGAUGGAUGUUUGCUGUUCCACAGGGGAAGAAGGCUAAAAAUGGCUUCAUGAUGACAGGUGGAGAACUGAACAGAACGGCUUUACUCAAGUAUCAGAGUGGCGAGACUGUGUUAAUUACACAACAGUUCUCUACUAUUUCGUCAGAGUUUAACGUUCAUACAUUUAUAAAAGGGACAGUUCCAGAUCCAGUGGAUAGUAUAUUAUUUAAUGAUUUCAUGGAACAGUACAAACGUGUUUCCAGAGGCGUUAUUAAAUCGUUUUCUACAAGAAAAUUUGAAAGGAAUUGGUUAAGGUCCAAUUUCACUGUGGACCAGACUAUAACGUUUAAUGAAUGCCAACACAGUCCAUUUAGACACAACCUGAACACUAUGAGACAUUAUGCUACCAGAAAUCUUGUUAUGAAUGAUAGAAAGAAUGAUGUUCUCCGAUUUUCCUCGACCAAUCAAAUCUAUAUGAAUACAUGUGCAUCCGAUUCAUGUGUCAACGGAGGUAGUUGUACAGAUGAAAUGAGUGGAUAUAGAUGUACAUGUAAAAUUCCGUUUUACGGAGUUAAUUGUGAAAUGGAAUUAGAAUUUUCUUACCUGUUGGCAAAAUCUGAAGGCGACGGUUAUGAUGAUAGAGUCCUUAACUUACCAGCACCCGUGUAUGACAAGAUAUAUUGGAAUACAUUGAAGAUAUAUGGAAAUGAUCCGUCUUCAACCACGAGUGACUAUCCUGAAAUGGUCUUAGGCAAACCUAUAAAUGAAUGUGCAUCUGGUCUAUGUGAACACGGAGGUAGCUGUACAGAUAAUGUGAAUGGAUAUACAUGUACAUGUGAAACCGGAUAUCGCGGAUUUAAUUGUGAAUACGAAGAAGUUCCAACUCAAAUCACAGAAAACAAUUCUUCUUCUUUUGAAAUGACUGUGGCAAUGAACAAGACAUCACAAAAUACAGUGGACGUACAAACAGGAAAUGAAAGCACAAAGAAUGAGACUUUUUCAUUGUUUUCUCCCAAUGUAGAAGACACUGUGACAAUAAACACGAUGUCGCCAGAAGAAGUUCAGAAUCAAAUCACAGAAAACAAUCCGUCUUCUUUUGAAAUGACUGUGGAAUUGAACAAGACAUCUCAAAAUACAGUGUACUCCGGUUCAAAAGAGUUAAACAGCACCAAAGAUGAACAAUUCUCAGGUGAUUUUGAAUCCUCAGGAUCAAAAAAGUUAAAUAUUACUGUCAAAGAAAAAUAUUUUGAGGAUAUUGGCAUGUUUGUGGAUGAAGAAGGAAAACGUGAAGGCACAAAUGCGUCAUUUUCCUUUUCAACCUUUACGGAAGACACUGUGACCAUGGUGACAAUGAACACGAGAUCGCCAACUGCAGAGAACAUCACUGCGAAAACACAUGCAACAAAGAAGGAACCUGAAAAUGGUGCUCUCCAGAGGAGAUCAGUUUUGAUGUGGAUUAUUGGCUGCUGUAUUAUGUCUGUUUGGUCUUUAUCUAGUUGAGGAUGGUUGAUUAAUAGAACAGAUAUAUAGUACCAGGAAGAAAACUUUUGCUUUAACUUUAUUUAAUUUAUUUUAGCUCUUGAUAAAAUGAUCACAAAAUUGAUUUUAUAUCUUUGAUUUUUAAAGAAUUAAGCUAUAAUGAAUUGAUUAUGAAAAUCAACAAAAUGAA